GUGAUGUUUCACAAAUGUGAAAUUUAGUUAAGAUAAUUCAUCUAGUAUUUUGUUCUUGCUUUACUUUUUGUCAUUUUAACUGUUUUUCAGGUCAUAGUUUUGUGGCGUUGUUUGAAUAGUCCGUUUGAACUUUUGCGCGGACAUAUUGCUGUCUUCCCAUUCUGAUGACGGAUGACCGUCCUGAUAUUGCGAGUUCUGAAAAUCGGAUUAUGAAAACUGAUGACGAGCGAGAUGUUAAAGGCAGUACUGUAGUGUCGGAAAGGAUGGUGUCUGUUAUUGAAGCUCCAGACUAUUUGGCUAGCUUCAAUAUCGAUACGGGUGGCGAAGCAGAGGAGUCCAGUAUGCCCCAUUACAUAGUCAAUUUAAAUAUGUAUAACACAAACACUGAUAUGGACGCUCUAACUACACUACCAAUUCAUGGUCAAGAUCCUGGUAUCGGUGAAUCAUCUGUCUCACUUCCGACUUCUGACAUGAAUUCACCCGUCAUUAUGAACGACAACGUUGGUUUGAUGUGUGGUGUUAAUUCGACAGGGCGAGGACAGCAGUUUUUCACACCAACUAUGCGUUCAAAAGCACGUGGUCGUGGACGAUUUUCUUCUGUUCCAUUGGAUGAUGUAAUGGAAAAGAAAAUAAGGACAUAUGAGGGAAAGGAUUGUGUACAAGAGCUAGGAAAGUUGUUAAAAUUGUUCCCUCGCUUUAAGAGGGCCUACAUUAAUCGAGUUUUCACGCGGAACAUGCUUAGUUACGAAAAGAGUUAUGAACAGUUAAAAGAAGAAGAUGAUCGAGAGCGUGAAAGAUGCUCAAAGGUCCGUCUUAUUCAAGCACCAAAGGCCGAGUCUAAACGACCAACAGAUUCGAAAACUCACAACCGUCCGGAAUUACCUCUUCAGUCACAAGCUUUCUUAUGUAUGGGACUGCCUUUGGGUCGUUGCCCUCCCCAUGUUGCCAACUCACUGUAUCGUCGAGUCAUUGUUACUCCUGAGGGGACCGUUGAAUCCGCUGAUGAACAUGAACAGAAGUUUUUGGACUCUACGGGUUUAUCAAGUUCUGCGCUGGAAACACCAUCCUCACACUGUGAACCACCGCGUCCCAAACCAUCAUUGUUCACUGGGCUGAAAAUAUCAUCUGUGUCGACUGUCUUGCCUCCGAUCCACCAACUAGCUGAAUUCAAACAGUCUCCACCUAGACCAUCAGAAGAACAGAUGUUAACAUCGGAUAACAAUGCUGAAACAUUGAAUUCCGAAGAGACAACUAUUCAACAAUCAGGCAACAAAUUCUUUCGUACAGAUCAUGUUAGUGAAGCACAAAAAAAGAAACGUGGAUACAUUAAUCGCGAGAUGCGAACUGCCACAGUUAGUACACUCGUUAGUCGAACUAGCAUUACAGCAUCAGCGGUGAAAUCUGAUUUGGAUAGUGAUGAUUCUAGUAGGAAACCAGGAGAUGCUGUUAAAUAUUUAGCCAAAGUUGGUGUUGUAAGUAAUUCAGUUAAUCGUAAACGUCCUACACGUCGUGGAAAAUCAACUCGUCAAAAAUCAACAGAAAUUCAGGGCGUCAAUAACGAAACAACCACUUCACCUGCUGUCGAGGUUAUUACGGAAGACGAUGGUCUUGAUCUAACUAAUGAAGAACGCCGUCACCUUCUAUCCUUUUUUAACGAUGCCGUAUUGGAAGAACUCACGUUGAUGCCAGGGUGUUCUCGGAAAACCGCACAGGCUAUUAUCAAUAUGCGCCCGUUUAAAAAUACGAAAGACUUGGUUUCUCAACUGUCGGGAGUUCGCCAUCUUUCCUCCAAUUUAUAUGAAUGUUGUAAAGAUAUUUUAGAAGUUCGUUCUUCAGUUAUCCGUUUACUAAAUAAGUGUGAGCGUCUAACUGAACAAGUUGCUAGUCAUGCGACACGUUUGCUUGAAAAUACCAUAGAUUUGCCUGAAAAUGCUAUCACUGAUCAAAAUCAGUCUGAUGGAGUUGAUCAUGAACAUGAUGACUUCACUAUAAACAAAGCAAAUGGUAAUCCUGUCCAACUAGUGACUCAACAGCCCGCUAUUUUAAACCCUUUGCGUGAAUUAAAACCCUACCAACUUGUUGGUUUGAACUGGCUUCGUCUACUACACCACGAACAAGUCAAUGGAAUACUAGCAGAUGAAAUGGGCCUCGGAAAAACAGUUCAAGCUAUUGCUUUCCUAGCUAGCCUUUGGGAAAGUGGAAAUCGCGGACCGCAUCUUAUCAUUUGUCCAAGUUCAACCCAGGAUAAUUGGCAGCGUGAAUUAAGCCUUUGGUGUCCUCACUUAAAAGUACUUGUUUAUCAAGGAUCUGCAGAACAGCGAAAAGCAAUCCGAUUGAAAAUAUAUGAAUCUGAGUCUCAACCGGAUUUUAAUAUACUUUUGACUAGCUAUGCUGUUGGUACAAGUGCUAUUGAAGACAGAGCUUUAAUGAAACGCAUCAACUUUCAUUAUGGGAUUUUCGAUGAAGCACACAUGCUAAAAAAUAUGACUUCUCAACGUUAUCGAAAUCUGAUGAAUUUUAGAGUUCAACGACGUUUACUUCUUACAGGUACACCUCUUCAAAACAACUUGUUGGAGCUCGUAUCUCUGUUAUCAUUUGUUAUGCCAGAAAUGUUCCUAAAAAGCACAGAUUUGCUGAAAAGGAUUUUUCAGAUUUACUCAAAACCCAUGAAUUCCCGUGAGGAAGAUCAGUCAGCCAAUAACACUCCUAUUCGAAGCAGUUUUGAAGAAGAACGCUUAGUUCAAGCUAAAAGUUUACUUCAACCGUUUUGUUUGCGACGAUUAAAAUCACAAGUCCUCGGACAGCUUCCUCCAAAAACCAGUGAAGUAGUUUUAGUAGCAAUGACGAAGACCCAAGCUACUCACUACCACGAUCUUGUUAAACGACUGCGUUCUCAGCGAUCGUUAAAAGACACAAACAGCAAUGGUCAAGAUCCCUCUCUUCUCUUGAAUAAUGAAUGUGAAGAUGGUGAUGAAAAUGCUGAUCCAGAUGCUAGUGAUCCAAAAGGUGAAUGUGCACCAAGAAAAAAAGCCCGUUUAGAUAAUUAUACUGCAGUAAAUGGAACAAAAUCAUUUCCUGUCACUUCUAAAUCCAUUUCUGAGUCUCUCCAGUCACCGUGCAACAUGGUUACGGCGUUGCGCAAGGCAGCAAAUCACCAGGCCCUUUUUUCUGGUCUUGCAUACACAGAUUCAAAUCUUCGGGAUAUUGCAGAAUCUUUGCACUUAGAUCCAAGUCACUCUAAUGCUGAUCCGAAUCUUAUUUAUGAAGACCUACUUGCAAUGAGUGAUCAUCAGAUACAUAAACUUUGCCAGUUUUACGAGGUUUUAUCACCAUAUACUCUUUCCCCUGAAUCGAUCAUUUCUGGGUCUGGAAAAAUCCAAUGGUUAAAUGACAAUUUGCCUAAAUUAGUCUCUGAAGGACAUCGUAUUUUGAUUUUUAGUCAGUUUGUCAUCAUGUUAGAUAUAUUAGAGGAAUUUUUAAGGAUAACUAACAGGCGUUAUAUACGAAUGGAUGGAUCAACUCCUGUCUCGGAACGACAAACAUUAAUAGAUCGUUUCAACAGCUCAUCGAUUGAAGUUUUUCUACUAUCUACACGAGCUGGUGGCCUAGGUAUUAAUUUAACUGGUGCGGAUACUGUAAUAAUACAUGAUAUCGAUUUUAAUCCAUAUAACGAUCGACAAGCAGAGGAUCGCUGUCAUCGACUUGGUCAGAAAAAUCCUGUUCACGUCAUACGACUAAUCUCUGAAGGUACUUUAGAAGAGGGUAUGCUGCGCAUUGCAUCUGAGAAAUUACAAAUGGAACAGAAUGUAACAGGUUGUGUGUCUGAACACAACACAGAACAGACCGAGGAAUCUGAAGACACUACUCGUGUUAGUUCCCGGAGUAGAAGGUCGAAGUCAACUAAUAUUUUACCAUGUUCCAGUCUAGAUGGUAUGACAGAAAAUGAAAAUGUUUUCAAAGUCCUUGGUAAUUGGAACUCAGCUGCCUCGGAUCUCAGUUUAUCAAUUGUGAAUCCUAUAUCAUCGAAUCGAAUUAGUGAACGAGAUGUUCGCUCCCUUCUUUCAGAUGCUUUAAAAUUGUAGCUAUAAACAUUUUCUACUUCUAAAUAUUCCACAAUUCCUCUAAGACAAAGACUUAUUGAUAUAUUUGUUAUAGUCACUGUUUUUACUGCACCGUCCCCUUGUAUUAGUUCAGCGAAUUCAGUGGUUUGAAUAUUUCUGCAUUGAUAUAAACCUUAACAUGAACGCAUGGAAAUAUUCGAAUUUAGUUUUUGUGAAUAUAUAUAGGAUGCUGAUGAUGAUUUCACGAAAAUGCGAAAACAGUGAAAUUUGUCUUCAUUCUUUACCCAUGUAAAUUGACUCCACUUUUUGGUAAAAAAAAGUUCUAAAUUUUACCUGUGUACCAUUUUUUUUGUUUUUCCAAAAUCUAUUUUUGCUUAAUUUGUUAUUUUUUACUUUUGUGCUUCGGUUUUUGUGUUUUCGUCUAUCUUGUUGAAUAUCAUACGCACAUUGCAUACGCAUAUUACUAAUUACUAUGUGAAUUUAGAAUUUCCACAGGUUCGUAUUCGUCUCACAUUUGCACUAAGUUAUGGAAUUAUGUCCGUUUACGUAUGUUUAUGUGUGUACACUAAGUAGUAAUUGUGAUUGGAUUAUUGAUGAGCUACAAAUCACCUAUAAGGUUUUAUCCGUCCAUCAGUCAUUUUAAUAGAUUAUAUAUAAACUAGAGAUAAUAGUAAUAAUAAAAGUAAUUGAUAUAACGUGACUUAAUUCAUUUCUGAGCAAUGUCAAGCUAUGUCGCAGUUAAUAAUGAUGAGACUCAUUGUAAAUCACUAAAUUUAAAUGGAACUAUGCAUGAAAACAAAUUUGUGACAAAUGUUCACUUAGGACGUAUCACAUUCAGUCGACCGAUUGCAGAUUGGGAUUCACUAAUGUCUAAACAUACUAACUCAAGCAUUAAGAAAAGUCAUUGUUGUUUAAAAUCAUUCUCAUGUAGUAAACAACAAUGGAAAUCAUAUUCGAUAUACUUUAUCAAGUCUAUAUUUCCAUGUAUUGAUAUUUUGACACAUUAUAAUUGGCGGUCAGAUUUUUUGAAAGAUAUCUCCGGUGGUUUGACAAUAGGCGUUAUGAAUAUCCCACAAGGUAUGGCGUAUUCAUUACUCGCUGGUCUACCACCUGUUUAUGGAUUGUAUAUUGGUUUUUUAAGUCCAUUGUUCUAUGCAAUUUUUGGACGUUGUACACAAUUUUCUAUGGGUACAUUCGCUGUUGUAAGCCUACUGAUUGUUGGCCCAAUUGAACAGCAUAGUUCAAAAGUCGCAGUUAAUCAUCAUAAUUCCAUCAUAAAUUCAAACUCUACACUAGUUGAAGAUAUAAUAACUAACAAGUUGCCACUACAAUAUUCAGAACCAAGAGCAAUUGUAGCCGUGACGCUUACUUUUCUAGUUGGAAUUAUACAACUUAUUAUUGGCUUUUGCCAGUUGGGUACAUUUACGUCAUAUUUAGCGCCAUCAAUGGUAUCUGGUUAUACAUCGGGCGCAGGUUUUCAUGUGUUAAGCAGUCAAAUCAGUUCAUUGUUCGGUGUAAAGUCUGCAAAGAAAUAUCAAGGACCUGGUUCAUUCUUUAUGGUCUAUGUGAAUUUGUUCAAAAAUAUACGUGAGACAAAUUUGUUCACACUACUUAUAUCUGCUGCAUCGAUUGCGUUCUUAAUGAUUAUUAAAUUUUGUGCUGAACCCCUGUUGAAACAAUAUAUAGAUUUGAAGAUUCCAAUACCCAGUGAAUUGAUUUUGGUUGCUUUAGGCACUAUAAUUUCUGGUACAUUAAAUUUACACUCUACUAAGAAUGUUUCAAUUGUAGGAUAUAUUGCGAGCGGAAUGCCACAGGUAACAGUACCCCAUUGGAGCAUAAUUCCAGAUUUACUUCCAGAUGCUAUUUUAAUUGGAUUUGUUAGUACGUUCCUGUCGGUUUCCUUAGUUAAAUUGUUCUCUUUAAAGUACAGAAAUAAAGUUAAUUUUAAUCACGAAAUCUUAUCACUGGGUAUUAUAAAUACAUUCACAUCAUUUUUCUCUUGUUUCGUCCAAUCUGGUAGUCUUUCUCGUAGUAUGGUAUUAGCGGGAACAAAAACCAGAACACCACUAUCAGGUAUAUUCAGUUCAAUGUUGAUUGUAUUUGUACUGUUAUUUUUGGGCCCGUAUUUUGAAGCAACUCCAUCAUGUAUUUUAUCUGCUAUAAUUGUGGUAGCAUUGAAAAAUAUCUUGACACAACCGAAGAAACUACCAUAUCUAUGGAAUACUUAUAAACCAGAUUUUUUUCUAUUCACUGUAACAUUUUUGGGCACUAUCAUACUUGAUGUAACUUACGGUCUGUUAGUUGGUCUAAUCUCUUGUCUUAUUGUAUUAACGGAAAGACAACGAAGCAUCAAACUACUGGAAUUGUGCAAUAUCUCAGGCACAGAACUUUAUGUUCAUAAACAUUAUGAACUAUUAACCAAAACGCAAAUAGAUAAAACUCAAUCUGAUUAUCUAUUGUCAUCGAUCAAAGCAAUACGUGUUCUAGGUUCAUUAAACUUUUCAUCAGCUGAAAACUUCACAAAUCGCAUUUACAAGACAAUUAAUAAUAUGAUGUUAGAUGAAGAUUUCAAUUAUGUUAAUAAUAAUGUAUUAAGUCAUCACAAUGGAAUUAAUGAUAAAAUACAAGAUGGGUAUCACAAUCAUUGUCAGUUAAAUGAAGCAUCUGUGAAUACAAAAGAUAGUAAGAAUAAUAUUUAUCAACUUUCGAAAAUUUUAAAUGAGAGAAACGGAACAAAAUCCGAUGAUAAUUACUUAUUGAGAAAUAGUAAUGUUGUCAGUAAAUCAAGUGAUACACUCAGGACAGAAAGAUGUAAUUUGUCUCAUCGUCAAACUGAACCAAAUCUACCUUCGUUACAUGUUGACCUGCAUGACUUUCUAAUGAAGCAUGAUGGGGAAAAAUUACGAAGAUUUCUUUUGUUGGACAUAUCUGGAAUUACUCACAUUGAUCCAGCUGGGGCUGCUGCACUCACAGAAAUACAACGAAAUUUGUAUAAAAACAAUCUCUUUGUGAUUCUAUGUGGAGAUCCAACUCCAUUCAAAUGUUUAUCUGCAUGUGACUGGUAUGUCUGUCCUGGUUUGAAAUCAAUCUAUCCUACAUUAUAUGAUGCUGGAGCUGUUUGUGUUAAGUUGCUUUGUCAAGAUGAAUCAAAUCCAAGGAGAAGCUCAGGAUCACGGGUAAAUGGUACGAAUAGCGAAUAAAAAACUCAAUAGUUUUUAACGGUACAUAAUUAAAUUACUCGAAAUAAUUUAAUAAUUAUAUAAUAAUCAUUGAAAAAUUUAUUUAAAUGAUUUAGAGUACAUUUUUCUCAUUAAUUAAUCAAUGUUAUAUUGAAAUACAAUAUUUCUAAUCAAUUUAUAAUUAAACAUUUUGUGAAUUAGUUCAAUAGUUUAUUGAUUAUUUUAUUGAUCUGUCUUUCAGAAAGUGCUAUUUACUUUAAUAUUGAUUCAUUUUAACUAAAGAUAAUAUUGAUCAUAAAACAAAAAAAAUCAAUAAUUCAUGAAUUUUAUGUUAUGUAUAGAAUACUAAUUCAAUGUAAAUCAUUUGACGUUUUUAUAAGUUCACGUUAAUUAAUAAAAUAAUUAUUAAAAAAAAUUAUUUUCGAA